AGCGAGUCUAAUGUAAAAGCAAACAAACAAAAACGCGAUUUCAAAUAGAGGUUACUUCAUCUAAUUUUACACCCUCGGGCAGGAAGCUACCAUGGCUUCCAACUUCAACGACAUAGUCAAACAAGGAUACGUGAGGAUACGGAGUAAGAAACUGGGGGUCUUCCGUAGGUGUUGGCUGGUGUUCAAGAAGGCUUCCAGUAAAGGACCCCGACGGUUAGAGAAGUACCCAGACGAGAAGGCAGCCUACAUCAGGAGCUUCCACAAGAUCACUGAGCUCUAUAACAUCAAGAGCAUUACCCGGAUGCCACGGGAAACAAAAAAGCACGCUGUGGCGAUCAUCUUCUGUGAUGACACAUCCAAGACAUUUGCCUGUGAAUCGGAGCUGGAAGCAGAGGAAUGGUGUAAGCUGCUGUGCAUGGAGUGCCUGGGCACCCGUCUUAAUGACAUCAGCCUGGGAGAGCCAGACCUGUUAGCUGCAGGGGCACAGCAAGAGCAGAACGAACGGUUCAACGUGUACCUCAUGCCCACCCCUAACCUCGACAUCUACGGGGAGUGUACCAUGCAGAUCACCCAUGAAAACAUCUACCUGUGGGACAUUCACAACGUUCGCCUCAAACUCAUCAUGUGGCCCCUCAGCUCCCUGCGCAGAUACGGUCGAGACUCCACCUGGUUUACUUUUGAGUCUGGAAGGAUGUGUGACACAGGAGAGGGUUUGUUCACAUUCCAGACACGGGAGGGGGAAAUGAUCUACCAGCGGGUCCACUCAGCCACGCUGGCCAUCGCUCAGCAGCAUGAGAGGAUGAUGGAGGAAAUGGAGAAGAGCUCCCAGAUCCACUCCAGAGAGGUGCUAACCAAGUCCAUCUCCCUGCCACGCAGCGCCUACUGGCAGCACAUCACACGUCAGAACAGCGUGGGAGAUCUCUACAGUUACCAAGGAACUGGACUGACAAUGACUUUUAUGUCCCGAGCACAGACGUUCCCCAGCUUUUUGUCUGAUGAGCCAGGACAGGAGGAGAGCCAGCACCAAGAAGUGACACCAUCUCCCUCUAGUGGCUGUGAAUCCAGUUGCAAUCUGAGACCCCUUCAAUGAAAGAGUUUUUCUCAACCAAACCUGGACACUUUGCUCACUUCUCUAGAGAGAAUGUAGAAAUAUUGUAGUGACAUGUGUAACAUAGGCCAGUCAUUUCCUGGUGAUACUUAAUAACUGUAGAGUGUGUGCAGUUCAUGAAGAGUUGUCCUGGAAACGACAAUGUCCUUUUUUUUGUAUGCUGUGCGACAGCAGCAGUAGCUUCAAAUAUUGCACCAAAAAUCCUUUGUGUAGUCUUAAAGUGUUUUAUGUUGUCAUUAUGCUGUUAAAGUCAAACUCCCUUUUUGAAAUCACUGCACUACACCUUACAAACAAAACGUACACACCAAGUACACACCACAACACACAGGAGUCUGCUGUAAAUAAUGUUAAGAAAGGCUUUAGUUCCAAAAAUGAUGAAAGUCUUAUCAGGCUCAUUCCAAUAAUCUGCAGCCUCAGCAACAGUUUCAAGUGAAUCACAACCAUUUUGACACCUCAUCUUCACACACCUACUGAACUCUGCUUUCUCUCAAGAAUGUGAACUUGAUCAACGCCUUACACAAAAACCACUCGUCUUUGAUAGUGAUGAAUCAGCUAAAGCCCUUAACCAGCUACCACCAGCAAAUGGAAAAAGUCAUUCAGAAAUGUACUUCAGUGAUAUAGGGCCAUCAUGUCAGAAAUGAUGCAAUGCAGCCUUCUCAUACCUGCCUCUAUUUUAAACUGCCAGCCUCGCAUCACACUAGCAGAGCAAUUUGAUUUUAAUAACUCCCUAGCUCUUCUCCAGCCUCAUACACAUAAUCUGAUAACUGGUUCAUCAGCACAGAAAAAGGGAGAGAGAGAAGCAACAUGGUGGUAACCAGAUGGGUGAGUUAUAUAAGGCAGAAGUAAAUCUGGCAUCAUGGGACUCACAUGUGCAAUGUGGCAGUAAGAUGUCAUGCUAAUUUUUGCCCUGCUAGAAUGUCAAGUUCACACAAGAUUACAUUUCAGAGAAAAUAUACAUAUAUAUUAGCAUUAGUGUACUGUACUGAGAAAAUGUGUGUUCAGUAAAAUACUGAAAAAAGUCAGUAAGGAACUGUUUGACAUACUGAAAAAUAGCUGCCUUUUUUGCUGAGAGUUACUUAAGAAGGCUGAUACCACCCUCAUGUCUUGAUGGUAAAUAUACAGCCAGCACACAUCAGCUUAGCUUAGCACAAAGGAAACAUGGCUCUAUCUGAAGGUAGCCACCCCACCGAAAAGCAUUUUUACAGUUUAGCUUUAAACUAAUGGCUAUACUGUAUUAAUUUGCGAGCUUUAUAUCUGCUAGUCUGCUGACGUGCUUAAUGACAGAACAAGGCUGUUUUCCCAUUUCCAGUCUUUGCAGCUAACUAACCUAACCGGCUGCUAACUGUGACUAACAUAGUUAGCAUACAGAUAUAAGUGUAAUUUCCAAAAUGUCAGACUCUUCUCUCUCUAUUAUUUUAAAGGAGUUAAUUUAUAGAGUCUUCUCUAAAACCAUUACAUGACCGCUGUAAUGUUUGUUCUCCCCCAGAAAGAAGUGCCUUCUGAAACAGACCGCAGAGUGUGAGGCCAAGUCUUUGGGCUUUGGAUUUAACAGUAGCUUCAGUACUGCGAAGCCAGCUGUGAAAUGUCACACCUGAAUAACUUGUGACAAAACCACAGAUCAUUUAGAAAGUUGAGAAUAAUACUUGUUGCCAGUGGCAGCAGACAGUGAUUCAUUUUUACAAAUGUUUGUUGUAAAGUAGGUUGUGUUUUUUGUGGCUUAUCAAAGAAUCUGAAUCUUUAAAACCCAGAAAUUAUAACAUCAAACCUAAUAUUUUAUGAGUUCUAUUCUAUAUUUGUUUUUGCCUUGGGUUAAUCUCUAGAAAUCCAUUAUGCUAGAUACUAGAUUUCUCUGCAUGGUUAUAGUUUUUUACAUUUAUUUUCUGAAAGUUGAGUUGUUCAGUGAGUUACUUUAUUUUGAAUAUUGCAUUUAAGAGAACCAAACUUGUAUUUUAAUUUGAGCCACAAAUAUAGCGCCCAUCUUAAAAAAAAAAGGUCUCGAUCUGCAGUAAAAGGCAGAAAGUUGAUCUAUCUGGCCACAUUUGCCCCCCAGUUACAGCAUAAGUGUGGUUAAGAAAUGUAUGUAGUCUGACUACAUCUUGAGCUGUGCUAACUGAAAUAACUGGAAACAAGUAGU